AUGAGAAUUAUUGGUUGCACUGAUGUUUGGAUUUCUGAAAUUCCGAUUUACGCUACAAAGCAACCCACACAAUCGUUUGCAGCUGAGUCUAUUGAUUUCAAUGACAACACUCCGAUCUCCACAUCAAAAACUCUUUCUUUGUCAUUCGAAGAAUCGAACCGUUUCAGUAAAACACCAUUUAAAAGUAUAUCCGCAGAAAUAGGAGAUGUUCAUCCACUGAACCUAAAAGAAGCUCUUGAAGGAACAUCUUCAAUAGUAGAAGCUAAACCUGAUGUUCAAGGAAUACUCAACGAUUGGACAGCUGAUGUUCCCGGGACAUCUUCUGAAUUUGGAACAAAUGAAUUGACGAUUCCAAAUGAAGAGUUUGGGGAUAUUACGGACGAUAUUGGCCAACAAGAUCUCCAAGAAGACACAGAGAUGACACAAGAACAAGAAACUAAUUUAUUCGAAGAGAUUAUUCGUCAACAAACACAGUCCUUCAGAGACACAUUCGAAAAGAAAGGAAAGAAAAAGACAGCUAAUACUUCGACGGAUCCUUCAAGCGGUCCCUACCUUAUCACUUGUAAAUAUCCGAAUUGUGGUCUGCAGUACAAUUGGCGUGUGAAGUAUGGAAAACUCCGCCUUCUAGACCAUGCUCUCACACAUUCCAACAGAAAAAUACCAUGCAGAAUUUGUGGGGCGGAGUGUCGGAAUGUUCGAAGAAUUCGAUCACACUAUGCAAAAGCUCAUCCAAACCAUCCAGUUGAAGGUUACGGUAUCAAAUCAUUAGUGAGCGGAGAGUUCGGCACUGUGUCAGCUGAUAAAGCAUCUGAAUAUCAUGUCAGCGAAGAGGAAUUGAAAGCAUUAUGGGAUGCUUGCUAUUCGGAUAUUCGUCAUUUGGUUGGGGAAGCUACUGCUUUUGUGGAUGGAGAUAAGUAUACAAGGCUGACAAAGAGAAAAAAGCUAGAGAGAGCAACUAUCGAUUCAAUAAGCCAGCUGCUCAAUUCAUGA